CCCCACCUUCGUUUUCGUGUCUCCGCACAAACAGAGUGAAAAAAAAAAAAUCCAAAUGUCGACUGUCACUGUGCCUGAGCCGGUUCCCUCUGUAACCGAUGACUGUGAGCAGCUCAGAAAGGCGUUUGCAGGAUGGGGAACAAAUGAGGGUUUAAUCAUAUCAAUAUUGGCUCAUAGAAAUGCUGCUCAGCGCGAGUUGAUUCGACAAACUUAUGCAGCGACUUAUGGAGAAGAUCUUCUCAAAGCACUGGAGAAGGAACUUACAAGUGAUUUUGAGAGAAUUGUGUUGCUAUGGACUUUAGAUCCUGCUGAGCGCGAUGCAUUUCUGGCUAAUGAAGCUACAAAGAAAUGGACUUCAAGUAAUCAGGUUCUUAUGGAAAUUGCAUGUUCGAGGUCAUCGCAUGAACUUCUUUUGGCGAAGCAAGCUUAUCAUGCUCGUUUCAAGAAAUCCAUUGAAGAGGAUGUUGCAUAUCACACAACUGGAGACUUCAGCAAGCUUUUGGUACCUCUUGUAAGCUCAUACCGAUAUGAAGGACAUGAAGUGAACCUGCCCCUGGCAAAAUCAGAGGCUAAGAUACUCCAUGAGAAAAUUUCAAAGAAGACCUACAAUCAUGAGGAUGUCAUCAGGAUUUUUACUACAAGGAGCAGAGCACAGGUCAAUGCAACGCUGAACCACUACAAAAAUGAAUUUGGGAACGACGUAAACAAGGAUUUGAAAAGUGAUCCCAAGGAUGAGUUCUUGGGUCUCUUGAGAGCUACAGUGAAGUGCUUGACCCGCCCUGAGAAAUAUUUCGAGAAGCUUCUUCGGCUGGCAAUCAACAGGCAAGGAACGGAUGAAUGGGCUCUCACUAGAGUUAUUGCGACAAGGGCUGAGGUUGACAUGAAGAUUAUAAAGGAUGAAUACCACCGCAGGAACAGCGUCCCUCUGGAUCAAGCCAUUGCCAAGGACACUACCGGGGAUUAUGAGAAAAUGCUUCUGGCCUUGAUCGGGCAUGGGGAUGCUUGAAUUGCUCUACUGUUCAAUGGCAUUUACUCUCUCCCUCCUAAUAUAUAUGCUAUCUUAUAAUAACUACUAUUCCAUGGUUAUGCCCAGUCGUGGGUGACUUUGAAGAUGUUUUCAGCUAA